AUCCAGGCUUGCCGUUGACCACCAUGUCCUCCACAGACCCUCCCCAGAUACACAUCACCAUUUCAUCAAAUAGUACCUCAUUUAAACGUUCAUUCGAACAAUUCGGCUUCGACCUCGACAGCCCAGUCGAUGCCAACUCUAGUAGCAGUGCAAGCCCAGGCAGCAAUGCCCUCUCUGUAGGCGAGGGGGGUGAAAGGAGUAAGAGGCCCAGAAGUGAUAGUUCAUCAUCAGGUAGCGGCGGGUCCUCUGGGUCUUCGUCGAGGGCAGCGACUGGCUCGAGCCGCGUUACCAGCGAGUCGCCGUCUCUCGUCCGUUCUCCUCCUUGUCCUCCCAUGUCAGCCGCUGCUGCCGGCCCUUCUUCCUCCUUGCACCCGGAGCAGCCUCCUGUGCAUCCAUUACUAGCUCAAGAGGAUGUGGAGAUGCUUCCAUCCGUACCUCUAGACCGACCUCGAUCUUAUUCACCACCAUCAAUCUGGCAUCCUCUGCAAACGAAUGAAUCCUCCGACUCUGGAUUCAGCGAGCAUUUCAGGGUGUCAAUGGAGAGAUUUAAUGCGUUUGACGCCGAGAUAUCAGCGCUUCGGCAGCGCUCUUCGCCCCCUGUCCGUAUCACUGCCACUCCUCCCACCCUCCCACCUUUGUCGCUUGAUUCGCCGAACCUCGAUCCCAGCUCCCACGUACUAGACCUCUCAAAUUCCCCACUUCCUUCUAUGAUUCUGGACGCGUCGAGUGUCCAGUAUUUCAACGAACCGCCCGUUGCAUCUUCCAACGACUUUGCAAUCACACGAAGCGAAAGACAAAGUGACCACGAUCCCACGCCGUCCGGAGGAAACCCCGACCGUGAUUAUUUCACCUAUCCCACGUACGGAUCUCAUCAAGCUAGGCCAACGUCCCGCCAGGGUUCCGUCCGUUUACCAAUCGCUGACGACGCUGCUUACCGCUCUUCUGCGCGCAGAGGCCAUCCUCGUACGACUUCACCAUCACGCUACGCCCUGUCCUCGCGAGGCGCACCGCUGAUCGAAUGGGGUUAUGUUCCCAACAAUUUUGGGGCCCCUUCACAAGAAGGUUCGUCAAGGUCAGACGGGUUUGUACACACCGAACAGCCGAGGCGGCGCAUGAACGAGGAGCGCCGAUUCCCUUUACGCUUCAACGAUUCUUUGGCCUCUCAAGUCAUCGCACGUGCCGAUGGUGAGCAGUGGCCAGCUAUUCCGAGGUCGAAUCGCAACACCGAGCGACGUGAUUACAUGGGCAUAUUGAUUCCUGAGCCCCCCGCCCCGUCGGCGUCUGAGAGGCCCAGUGCAUCCGGUAGAGGAAGCGGUGUGCCUGGGCAGGGAGUCCAGGAACACGAUGAUCCUCAGUGGACAAUUUUCAGAAACGAUGCAAGGCGCGCUCUGCGAGCCAACUUCUUGCGUUCUGGAAGAGCACACACCGAUCUACCUCACGUCCCUGAUCUCGGAUCGCGUCCAAGACAUGGCUUCGGACAUGGUCUGGCUCAACUUGGAGCGGAGGAUAUACUCAACGGCACGAUGAACGAUCGCUCUUAUCGCAGUGAGAGUCCUGACUCACGCUCUGGGUCCCGUACACAUCUCCUCGAGCUUGAUGCUAGCAUACACGAAGAAUUCCAGCCUCUCCUCUCCAGGAUUGACGGGCAAUCGUUAGACACGUAUGGUGAUGCUGACUCUCAGCCACGUAGAGAUGUGCGAUCAAUGCAACGCACGUCACUAGUUGAACCAAGCUCUCGCAGAGAAUCUCACCUCCGUUAUGAUUUUUCGAUAGAGCCGUCUCCUCUCUUCGGUCUCCGCGGUACGAAUCUCCAAGAAGGAAUGACGCCUCCAGGUCGUUCGACGCCAUAUCCCGAUGAUGUUUUGCCUGAGUUCGAAGACGUUGAACCCAUCUUAUCCAGAUCUGACAGCUCUUUGGCGGACAACUCUCGAACCCGGACGAGCCUAGCUACAUCUCCACGAUCAGCAUGGCGGUCAGUCCCGGAACGUUUGUUCAGUGAGAGUGAUCGCCGUGGCGGGAUAUCCGAACCUUCAGCCAUAUCUCGCUCUCGAAUGCUUCAGUUUCGCCCAAGCCAGUCAAACUCUUUAAUGUCGGAGAAUGCGGCAGAGUGGAGGAGAAACGCGGCUCGCUCUCAAGUCCACGGGCUUGCUCAUUCCUUACGCGGUCCUCUGGCUACCGGCGAUUACACUGAUCGAGACACAUCCCUAUGGUCACCGGGAUCCAGCUCUCUAUUCAUGGAAGGCGGGGAAUCUCUACACCGAGACUUGCUCUCACUCGAUACCACUUCCCUGGCGACAGCGGAUUCGUAUGUCAGGCAGUCUCUUCACCCGCCCACACGUAGGUCCCUGCCAUUACAACCUUCACGACAUCGCCCGUCCGUGUCUAGCUUACAACUUGGUGGGCCAAACACGGAACGUGAUUGGUGGAUAGAUUCGGAAUUGAGCGGGCCGAUAGACACUUCAACUGCCGCCCCGAGAAGGCGUGAGUCGGACAGUGCACCAUUCUCGAGUCAAACACCCUUUGGCGCUCGGACAGCCUCGUCACCUCAACAUAACGUAGCUGAGCAAAGAUCUGCAGACUUGUCAGAGACUUCAUCUUUGGGCGUUUUGCCCCCAUCCCCUCUUGCUUCUCGGGAACGUCCAGUCUCGAACCCCACCAUAUCUGAGCCGAGGCGAGCAUCAUCGACUUCUCACCCUUGGUGGCACGAGCCCAUUGACCUUUCCAACACGACACCAUCCAGCAGGGUUCCACCGCAGUCCCAAGCACCGCCAACCGCGCCUCGCGACCACCGAUCAUCCGUUUUUCGAAACAUCGAUCUGGAUGCCUAUCAUCGAGGACCCUUCCGUGCUUCGCUUGAGCGACUCGUUGAGAUUGAGCGUCUCCGAGCUAGGCUCACUCAUCUACACUCGCUGUCUGAUGAUGCGAACCCACAAGAGUCGCCCGCACCUUCUCUGCCGCCAUUGCGGUUCGACAACGACGACUAUAUCUGGUCGUCUGGUACCUCUCGCCCCACUGCAUCUGUGACUGCGCCGCAUGCCGUCCUGGAAAGAAGAUUGAAUUUAGAACGAGAUCUUCCUGGCCCUCAAAGACAACCAAGACCAUUUUCUCGGGAAGAAAACACCACUCCUGCGACAGGUAUAUGGCGAUCGAUGGACAUUCGGUCUGCGCGUCGACGAAGCCCGCUCUCUUCGACACCAAAUCCACCCGCAUCAAGCAGUCGCCCUACAGCCGACAACACCGACACUCGCGGACGUCGGCAAAUGCACAACCUUUUUGCACGUCGUCCACGGUUGGAGGCAUCUCGUAUCGCCGACGACGACAACACAUCUGAUCAUGGUAGCGUGGAGGGCUUCUCGCAUGCGAUCGCCCUUUUGCGAGCAGAUGGACUCACCCACGAGAGACAGCGCCAACUUAUUGAUCGAUUCCAGCGCCAGAGGUCGGAGGACAGCAGGCGUCAGUCAUCUCACUGGGGAGAUGUGGAAGGAGAAGACACAGGAUCAGUUCGGCCGCGUCCAUUGGAUAUCCGUAGGAGGUUAGGCGGUAGUGUUCUGUUUGCCGAGCCGCCCAUACACCGUGCAGAGAAUGCUAGGACAGCGGAACACUUCACGGAACCUACCGAUCGAGACCGCGAUUCGCAAUCAGAACGCACACGUCACGAGCAGCACCGAGCUGCUGCGAAUCGUCGCUCGAGCUCGCUUAUGAGACAUAGGGCGCCAGCGUCGCUUCGGUCGUCAAUGCGAGAUGAACUCGUGACAUUUGAGCAGAUCGAGAGGUUGAUCCGUGGUCGAGGUGGUCCCCACUUUGCCGGGGUUGCGCCUCGGGUAGGAAGAGGAGUAUCCGAUUUCAUCCGAGAUGAAGAUUUCGACACUUCAUAUGAGAGUCUCCUCUCGCUCGCUGCGACUCUCGGCGACGUGAAACCCCGCUGUACCUCUGAGAGCGUUAUUGCCUCUCUACCCACCGGAUUGUACCGAGAUUGGGCUACCCCCGACAGUGAUGCUCGUUGUCCCAUAUGCCUUGAUGACUAUCAGCCAACAGAUCCCGUGCUCAAGCUGACAGACUGUACGCAUUGGUUACACAAAGACUGCCUGAAGCAAUGGCUUCGUGGCGCAACAACAUGCCCUGUCUGCCGCAAGCAUGUGAAAGGACCCCUUCAGGGAAGUGCCAGUCAAGCAGGCCCUAGUAACAAUCGUCGAGGUGGCCAUGACCACAAUGACGACGACGACGACGACGACGAUGAUGAUGAUGAUGAUGACGACGCUUCGUUCGAAUUCCCCUGGAGGUGAAUGACUACCCGAGUGUGAAGUCAAACAUCAGAUCAUAUCCAUGCAUCUUGUCUUGAAUAUCGGCUACCUCGAGUAGGCCGUCUAACUUAUGUCGCAAUCGCACAUGAAACUGUACCAUAGAUAUUUAUUUGCCCUCGUUUUUGAGAAUCGUACGAUAACUCGAGCAAUGUUGAAUAUGCUUCAUCAUCGUGCAUUCUCCUCAAGUAUUCGGGAUAUCCUGAAGUCUGAUGAUCGGAGUCGAUCCUUUGCUCGCCAUGUGUUUGACCAAUGAUAUGAUUCGACUGCUAAUGCGAUAUGAACCAGUCUUAAGCACAUCGGAUCGGGGAAAGGCUUCC